AUGGUGUUCAACAGCCUGAUGGUGGUGUCAGUGGCGCACGCAUCAACGGAGAUGUGGCAAUAUUUGGCAUGUUUACCUGAGCGUCUGAGCAGCCAUCAGCUGUUAGAUCUUGUGUUCUGCUUCCCUCUGCAGCAGUUGGGUCGCCUCGCUCUCUGCCUCUGGACCUUCCUCUGCGUCCCUCCUCCGGACUCUUACUACUCCUACUCCUACUCUGACUCUGAUGCCUCCUCCUCCACCGUUGUUUACAAUGAUUAUUACUACGACUCCCAUUCUGAUUGA